CAGUGGCAGGCGCCAGGAUUUUGGAAACAGGCCUUGCGAGUCCCAUCAGGUCGCCUGCAUUGAUGCAGUGGCUGGAGAUGCGGGGAAGGAGGAGGCAGCAGCGGAACUGGCUGUGUAUCUACAACCUCUUCAACCCAACCCUUUAGAGUUGAGCACGGGCCGGAUCUUCAACCAGGACGGACACCCAAACAAUACAAACCGAAACAAACAAUGGCCACAGUCACCGUCGACACGUCCACCUUCGGCCGCUCCAUGAAACCCCAGCUCUCAUCGCCCUUCUUCACUCUCCUCCCCGCCGAGAUCCGCAACCUCAUCUACCGCGAGUUCUGGAGACUCUGCUCUACGCGCCAGCACAUAGUCCAGCAGCACACAGUCCUUGGACAGCAAAGCGACGGGUGGGUCCGUCAAUGGUCGCACGUGGCCUGUAUUACCGAUCCCCGGGCCCAAGACACUCGCUUUGACCGGUUCUUGGCCUGUGAUUCCGCGUCGGCGGAACGGACUCUCUGGGGUAUACGCUUGAAGAGCGAGUGGUGCUUGCACUGGCAAUGUGAGGAUCAGAGUAUGAACAUGUCGUUCAUGGCAAUCAUCUUGGGCAGCCGUCCGAUUGCCGAGGAGUUGGUCAAGCAAGAGACGGCUUCCCGACCCUCGAUGACAACCGGGCAUUUCAACCUCCUGACGGUGUGUAAGCGGAUGUGAGUACCUUGAGUGCCUUCCCUCGCUCUAUGCCAAUACCACCUUCAUCUUCACCGACACGCGCACAGCAGGGGAUUGGCUCUCGCGCUACGGCGGAGAGCCGGAGCGGUACCCCAUCCGCUCCGUGGAAUUGA